AUGUCUAAAGGCCACGCACUGAGAGCUUUGGUCACGGAGCGUCUGACCGCGGCGGCCGAGGAGAUAUUCAGUCUGAUCGGGAGAACCGUGGCGGAGUACGAGGAGGAGCUAUGUCGCUACAAAGAGGAGAACCGGAGAAAACAGGAGCUACUGGACUCCAUGAUGAGCCCGAGAGUGGUCCUCCUGCUGGGAUCCACUGCCCAGACGCCCGGGCAGACCACGCAUCCCAGUUUAAACCCUCAAAUAAAAACAGAAAUAACUCCACAGGUUAAAAACGAGCCACAAGAAUCAGACAUGAAGUUUGAUAAACGUGUCUGUAUAAAAACAGAGGAGCCUUCAUCAUCACAACAACAACAAAUGGAAUACAUGCAGCACAUACAGGCAGAUCAAAGCAGCCUGCAGACAAAUGAAGUCAUUGAUAAAGACUCAGAAACUCAUGCAGAGACUUGUGUGAAAGAUGAAGACACGGCUGCUCCAUUCAGCUGGUCAGAUCUUGAGAAGGAGGCAGAGAGCGAUGGAGACCUCUGCUUCCAACGUCAAACCAUGAACGAACCAAAUACCAGUCUGCAUUCUGAGGUCCCAGGAUCUGCCAAUGGACCUAGCUGCCACCCAUGUCCCAUCUGUCAAAAGAUAUUCCGGAAAAAGCAGGAGUUGCAAAUGCACAUGAGGAUCCACACAGGAGAGAAGCCCUUCGUCUGUCCGUUCUGCGGGAAGACCUUCACCCAGCACCCGCACCUCAAGUCCCACGUCAGGAUCCACACGGGGGACAGGCCGUUCCUAUGUCCCACCUGCAAUAAGGCGUUUCGUCACAAGGGAAACCUGGAUGUGCACAUGCGCCUGCACACAGGGGAGAGACCUUACAGCUGUUCCAUCUGUGACAAGCGCUUCCCAGAGAGCUCCAGUCUGAAAAAGCAUCUAAAAAGUCACGCGAGGAAAGCUUUGAGGUUGAGUAAAGGUCGGGCAGCGGACAAUCAGUGA